AUGAAGGCCUACAUCUCUGAGCCACUUCCGUGGAUGACCAAUGUGCGAACUGACUGGACUGCCGAGUGCGCUGUGAACACAACUGCAUGCAAGGAGCGCAUCUUGAUGCUCGGUCGCAACCAGAGCCAGCACCUUCGUCCAGGAGGUGCGUUCGCAUACGGACCAGCCUUUGAUGUCACCCGCCAAACGGUCCUCCUUGAUCCGCACAGCCCGACCCCGCUUCUUUUGCGGAUGCCUCUCUCGCAGUACUUUUCGGUGGCGCUGCGGCGUGAUACGAUGGCCUUAGACAAUGGGGCGCUGGCCGUCAACGACUUUGGCAGUGUCUUGGUGUCUCGCUUCCUUCGCAUUCCCGUAGCGUAUACGGCGUUUUGGGCCGUCAAUACGACGACGGGAAGCGUCGAGAUGUAUGGCGCAAUGCAGCUACCCCUAUUCACCGUCGCUUUUGGUGCUCUCAAGUUUGGUAUGCGCGCGGUCAUGACUACGUACAUUGUGUGGCUCAUGUAGUAUCAGUACUAUCGCACCUACCUUCAUUUACGGCGAAAUCUCGUCGCCUUCGGUUUGUAUGGCGGGUCAACGUACGAGAUUCUCGUGGGCGACCCAACGAGCGUCGUGCUGCUCAACCCAUUUGUCACGUGUGCAUUCUUGCUCGACACGUUGUUUUCAGUCGACUAC